ACAUCCUCUGACUUACAUUCGUCUGCCGGACAUUUCUGUUUUCGUGUCGCACUUGUAGAUUGUCGUCUUUUAUUUCUUGUAGAUUGGUUUAGAGAUAUUGACAUAACUUGUCAACUAUCUUGUUAUAUUCUUUUGAACUUUCAUAGUCUGCUGUACUAUGCCUGGAUUUUCAGACAGAGAUCGUGGCAGAGACCGGGGUUAUGGAGGUGCACCUCGUUUUGGUGGUGGCAGUAGAGGCGGACCCCCCCAGGGGAAAUUUGGCAACCCAGGGGAGAGGCUGCGCAAAAAACACUGGAACAUGGAUGAGCUCCCAAAGUUUGAGAAGAAUUUCUACCAGGAGCACCCAGAUGUGACCCGCAGACUACCUCAAGAAGUUGAGAACUACAGAAGGAGUAAAGAAGUCACAGUGAAAGGCAGAGACUGCCCUAAGCCCAUGAUGAAAUUUAAUGAGGCCAGUUUUCCAAAUUAUGUAAUGGAUGUCAUUGUGAAACAAGGCUGGGCUGAGCCAACUCCUAUUCAAGCUCAGGGCUGGCCUCUGGCUCUUAGUGGGAAAGACAUGGUGGGCAUCGCCCAGACCGGCUCUGGCAAAACCCUAGCUUACCUGCUCCCAGCCAUCGUGCACAUACAACACCAGCCCUUUCUGGAGCAUGGAGACGGGCCUAUCUGCUUGGUCCUGGCCCCGACCCGCGAGCUGGCCCAACAGGUACAGCAAGUGGCUGCCGAGUACGGACGGGCCUCCCGUCUCAAGUCUGUUUGCGUCUACGGCGGCGCCCCCAAAGGACCACAGAUUCGGGACCUAGAGAGAGGUGUUGAGAUCUGUAUUGCCACACCCGGGCGCCUCAUUGACUUCCUGGAAGCUGGAAAGACCAACCUACGCAGGUGCACAUACCUCGUGCUGGAUGAGGCUGAUCGUAUGCUGGACAUGGGCUUUGAGCCCCAAAUCCGCAAGAUUGUGGAGCAGAUCCGACCGGAUCGUCAGACCCUGAUGUGGAGUGCCACCUGGCCCAAAGAAGUGCGCCAGUUGGCUGAGGACUUCCUCAAAGAGUACGUCCAGAUAAACGUGGGUGCCCUACAGCUCAGCGCCAACCACAACAUCCUGCAGAUAGUGGACGUGUGCAACGACGGCGAGAAGGACGACAAACUCCUAAGGCUGCUCGAAGAAAUCAUGAGCGAAAAGGAGAAUAAGACCAUAAUCUUUACAGAGACCAAGAGACGCUGCGAUGAGCUCACAAGGAGGAUGCGACGGGAUGGCUGGCCAGCAAUGGGUAUCCACGGAGACAAGAGCCAGCAGGAGAGAGACUGGGUUCUCAAUGAGUUCAAAUACGGCAAGGCCCCCAUUCUCAUCGCCACCGACGUGGCCUCCCGCGGUCUAGAUGUGGAAGAUGUGAAAUUUGUCAUCAAUUAUGACUAUCCUAACUCCUCUGAGGACUAUAUACACCGCAUUGGACGCACGGCCCGCAGUCAAAAAACGGGCACUGCCUACACCUUCUUCACCCCCAACAACAUGAAACAGGCCAGCGACCUCGUAGCUGUGCUCCGCGAAGCCAACCAGGCGAUCAACCCCAAGCUACUUCAGAUGGCGGAUUCCCGAGGAGGUCGUGGAGGGGGGGGAAGAGGUGGCUAUAGGGAUGACCGGCGGGAUAGGUAUUCUGGGGGGAGGAGUUAUGGUGGCGGUAGCGGCGGAGGCGGGGGUAGUUACAGGGAUAAAGAUAGCGACAGGGGCUUCGGUGGGGGACCAAAGACUGCUUUUGGUACCAAGACCCAAAACGGCGGGGGCUACGGGGGUAGCAGCUACGACAAGAGUGCCAGCUCUGGCAACAGUUACGGCAACAGUUACAGCAGCAAUGGACAGAGUAACUUCAGCGCCGGCAACCAGGUGGGUGCGUUCGGUGGCCAGAACUACCAGGCCCAGCCGCAGUUCGGAGCCGCACAGGCGCCUGCCCAGAAUGGCAUGAGUCACCCACCGUUCCCAUUUAACCCGCAGGCACUGCAACCCCAACAACCCCCACCCCCACCCAUGGUCCCCUAUCCCAUGCCUCCACCCUUCCCACAGUAACUGAAAGGAGGUCUAGAUGUUGCGCACAAAACACGACACAACCACCUUGUUUAUUUCCUUCUCGUCUUUAAAUCUUAUGGUAAUUAUUGUUAUUCUUUGUACUGUUUAACUUGUUUUGCUUACAGCAGGGUUGGGAUUGUUCCGUAACCCCAAAGCAUUCAAAUGAGUCGUGACAGGGUUGUUGAAGUGCAUCUCAAUUACUGGUGCACUUCGCCUUGACUGUUUUUAUUUGUUACAUUCCUCAGUAAUUUAUUUUUACUAGGUAAUGGAGAAUUUUCAGUUAGUGAUAUGUUUAAAAUGUUAAGAUCUUACCUGGGGGGCCGUGCAUGGGCCUGGAAAUAAAAAACAAAUACAUUCAA